AUGGUUAGGCUGUACAUCCAGGACGCCGGGGUUCCGUGUGUGCCAGGAUAUCACGGAGAAAAUCAGGACGUUGAAUUUCUAUUCAACGAGGCACAGAAGAUAGGAUUUCCAGUCCUUAUCAAGGCUAUUCAUGGCGGAGGCGGCAAAGGAAUGCGCAUUGUCAGCACGCCUACCUCCGCCGCAUUCCAAGAAGCACUCUCCUCAGCCAAGCGCGAGUCACUGAAGGCCUUUGGAAACGACAAAGUGUUGAUUGAGAAAUACAUUGAGACGCCCAGACAUAUAGAGGUUCAAGUUUUUGCUGACACCUUAGGAUCAGUAGUCAGUCUAUGGGAACGUGAUUGCUCGGUUCAGCGGCGAAACCAAAAGAUUAUAGAAGAGGCCCCAGCUCCUGGAUUGUCUACAGAACUCCGCGCCGAUUUAGGCGCCAAGGCGAUAGCUGCCGCAAAGGCGGUCAAUUAUGUCGGUGCUGGAACCGUCGAAUUCAUUUUUGACAAUGAUACGGCAAAAUUUUACUUUAUGGAAAUGAAUACCCGUCUUCAAGUUGAACAUCCGGUAACAGAAAUGAUUACGGGUCUCGACCUUGUAGAAUGGCAACUAGAAGUGGCGGCUGGAAACCCCUUACCGCUUUCACAAGCUUCAAUACCCUUAGUCGGCCACGCGUUUGAGGCCCGUAUAUAUGCAGAAAACCCCAGGAACAGCUUCUUGCCUGAUUCUGGGACUCUGCUUUACAUGUCGACGCCGAAGCCCACGCAUAUCUUUGCACCAACUUAUCCACUGGCCAAAUCUGCAGGGGUUGUGAACCCAGAGUCCUGUCUAGGUCCUCCCGCUUCCGCCAACUCCUCGCUUGAGAUUAUGCCAUCGUUGCGCGUUGAACAAGGCUUCAACCAAGGCGCAACCAUUGGCGUGUUUUAUGAUCCUAUGAUUGCGAAGGUGGUUGUUCACGGCAGAGACAGAACAGAGGCUUUACGAAUGCUCCGUAAAGCACUAGAUGAUUACCACGUUGUGGGUGUGUCGACUAAUGUGGAAUUUUUGAGAACUUUGGCAGGAAACAAGUCCUUCAUCGACCAGGAUGUUGAAACUGGUUUCAUAUCAAAACAUUUCAAUGAGUUGUUCCCGCCCGUUUCUGUACCGGAAGCAAAUAUAUAUGCGCGGGCAGCGCUAUUUGUCACCCUUCGUGACCAACGGCAACAGGGACCAGCACUGACAACGCCAUGGACAUCGUUGACCUCUCGUCGCUUUGGUGGAGAGAAAUACACUCGGACAAUCAACAUCCAAACAGAAGAUAUGCAAAAUGAAACGAAAGUUCAUGUCGUUCAAAUAUCAGACAGUUUAUACAACAUUGUUGUAGAAACUGGACACAAACCCGUCCAUUUCACCUCUGUGUCUGCCCAAUUACUGGAUCAGACAACACUUUCGGCCACUUUAAACACCAACAACACCCGCACAACCAUUGUAUCACAGCCUCCACACCCUGCCGUACCAGCCUCACAAUCGCCAACAACCAUGGAACGUCUGCAUAUCUUCAGCGAGGGACACAAAACUACCCUCAUUCUGCCGACUCCAAAGUGGUUACUCUCUCUAGGAGGUGACUUACUUUCUGCUAAAGGGGCAUUGAGGGCGCCAAUGCCAAGUUUGAUAGUUGAACUAAAAGUCAAGGCCGGUGACCGGGUGGAGAAGGGUCAAGCCGUUGUGGUAAUUGAAAGCAUGAAAACUGAGACGGUUUUGCGAGCAGAUGCAGCGGGUAUCGUCAAAUCCGUGGGAUGCAAAGCUGGCGAGAUGGUAGAGGAAGGACGGGAGUUGGUGGAUAUCGAAGCUGAUGAGCUAUGA